UUCAACCCCUUCCUCCGCCUCACUUUGUUCGCCCGACUCUGCUGCUCCUCUUAUCAACCCGGGCGCAACUAGCUUCGUCACGAGCCUAGAUAGCGACCGAGCUCUCCCUCCCAAGAUCAAUUACCGAACCCCGCCCGUCCGAGCUCCACGAUCACGAAAACACCGCCGCCCGUCAUGCGCGUGCUUGCCUCCCUGUCCCUGCUGGCUUCGGCCGCGGUAGGUGUCCUGGCUGCCGAAGAGCUUCAGAUCGACGUCACCCAGGCUGUCGAGUGUGAGCGCAAGACCAAGUCGGGCGACACCGUUCAUGUUCACUACACUGGUACCCUGAAGGAGAACGGCAAGAAGUUCGACAGCAGCCUCGACCGUGGCUCGCCCUUCAGCUUCGGCCUGGGCAGCGGCAUGGUCAUUCAGGGGUGGGACAAGGGCCUGCUGGACAUGUGUAUCGGGGAGAAGAGGACCCUCACCAUUCCCCCGAGCCUUGGCUACGGCGCAAGGGGCGCUGGCGGUGUCAUUCCCGCGAACGCGUGGCUUGUCUUCACCACGGAACUGAUGGGCAUCCAGGGCGUCCCCAAGCCUGAGAAGAUCGUCACCAAGGCGUCUGAAAGCGCCAGCUCGGCCAAGUCCGAGGCGACGGAGAAGAUUGCGGAGAAGGUGGCCGAGAAGGUUGCCGAGGCCGCCAACGUGGUCAAGACGAUUGUCCAGGAUACCGACUCUGACGCUCAGGAGCACAACGAGCUCUAAAUUGGUGUGCCCAUCUCACAGUGCAGAGUCGCAGCACACGCGCUGCUGACAACAGCAAACAACACAACCUUGCGAUGUUUGUUGUUACGCCAUGCAUCCAAGGCGGUCGCCAGGCAUGGUCGCAAAGUGGGAGUCAAUGUUGUGGAACCAGGCUUGCCAGACCCAUUGCUCGCGAUGGCCAGGGGGUCUUCAGUACGCCCUUUGAGUAAUUACUGGCAGGAAAGCUCGUAGUGCAACCUAAUGGACACACAUGAGAACAAACAAACAACAUACGUGCCAUGUGAUAGGGUCGAAAUUCCGCUGAAAUGACGCAUCUCUUUGUAAGUUGACUGCACA